AAUGAGCCGGUCGGCAGGCAAGUAGUGUUGGGCUGUAGAAAGGAAGGGGCAGUGCAUACGAGACGGCGGUGUUGUGUCUAGUCGUUGUUGUAGUUCUGUUUGAUAGUCUGAUUCAAGGUUAUUCUCAACCAAAGUGCAGUGACUGGACUGACUGACUGCAAUCUAAGGGCAGAGCUGAAUGUUGGUGGGAAGGAGAUAGGCAUAGAGGAAAUGUUUUUAUCGCCGGAAUUCCUAUCACCACAUGUGUGACAUAUUAAACCGACAGUAAGUAACAACUCAGCCACUUUUAUCUUUUGUCAGCUCAGUUAAUUUGAGGUCAAUGUUUGGAAAGGCCUGUCCUUUUAGAAUGCAGACGAUCUGGUGUAAGAAGAGGGUGAUACUCUGGUGUGUGGUGGGCUUUGUACUAUGGUUACUGCUACAUAAAGCUCAGUACAAUGUGAGAUUUGAAGCUGUGGUGAAGAAGUCAGAAGCCAUAGAGGUGUGGGAGUAUGUCGCAGAUUUCAGCAACUUGAAAAGGCUCAAUCCAACCAUCAAGGAAUUUUCAAUAGAAGCAGAGAGUGGGAACUACGACCACUGGAAGUACACAGUUCACUACACAGAGUUCCUGUCUCAUCUGCCUUCCAUAGAGAAUUAUGCAGUGGCACAUUACCAAGUUAAACCUCUCUCCAAGACAAGUUACAUUAUACAGUCGACUCACAGAACAUGUUUAUAUACAUCACUUGCCUGUGUGGAUUCGGUUUCAUCAUUUACAUUUGAACAACAGGGUGACUCAACUUUGUGCAUAGAGGAUGUAACAUACGAGUGUCCAGUGAUCUUCUCCAAAUUUUGUGAAAAAGAAGUGUGGUACCAGCGACGGGAAAUCAUGAAAAACUUGCAGAGUGCAUUUUAAACUAAGAUAACAAAUAAUUAUUCACUUACUUGACUUUGUUUACUUCUUAUUUUUAUAAAUUUUAAUGUCAAUAUUACCAGUGUUUUUUACU